CUCACAGCUGAAAUUUGACGUCAGUGUCUUUGACGACCCUGUUGAUACACCGGCCCGUGGACAUUAUCGUUUACGGGUGCCGGCGGCCGGCGCUGAAAGUCACACCAAUCAAAGAUUUACAGACGCAAGAGACACUGAAAUGGCUCCGACUCUGUAUGAUGAGAAACCAGAGCCUGGGGACUUGAUAGAAAUCUUCCGUGGCACCUACCAGCACUGGGCGGUUUACAUCGGUGAUGGCUUUGUCGUUCACUUGGCACCACCCUCUGAGGUCCCAGGUGCGGGCGCCAACAGUAUGAUGUCCGUUCUAAGUGAUAAGGCUGUGGUGAAGAGAGAGGAGCUGUGGGAUGUAGUGGGAACAAACAAGUGGAAAAUAAACAACAGCCUGGAUGAGAAGUACAAGCCCCUCCCAGUUCCUGUCAUUGUGAAGGAAGCCCGUAAGCUGGUGGGCAAGGAACUGCCAUACUGUGUCCUCAGGGGGAACUGUGAGCACUUUGCCAACGAGCUGCGCUACGGCAAGGCUGAGUCCCGGCAGGUGCGUAAGGCAGGAGAAGUAGUCAUGGCCGCAGGCCUGGCAACAAUGGUGGGUCUGGGCGUUGUGGCUCUGGCGGGAGUCCUGUUUGGAAGCAGCAAAAAAGAAGACAAGAACACAAAGUGAUCAAAGUCCUGAGUUGUCCGUUUAAUGGCUUGAUUAACACAUCACCAGCAAAGCCUAACUUGUGCUGAUCAUAAUCAAUCUCAGUCACAGAUAACUAACUAACUAACUAACUAACCAACUAAACCUCCACCUGUCCCUCAUGCCUUUUUUUUAGUUUGAAAAGCAAUGCAAGGCACUUUUUAAAAUUUCUAUGGCAUAAGCACAACGUACAGGAUCUCCACUACUUAAGGUGCCAUAGAUGUUAAAAUGUUUUAAUAAGACAUCUCAAGGAUGAAUGAAGAUAUUUUUUGAAUUAUGAAGGAUGUGAGAUUCAUGUGGGUGAUGGUGGGGUUGGGUGGGGUCUUUUCUACCGAUUUAUAAUUAUUUUCAUCCUGAAAAGUUUUAAACAAAAAUGCUGAUUGCUGCUCAUGGUGGAAUAGUUUUGGCUAUUUGAAUCAAAUCUCAAUGGUGAUUGUUGUUAGCUGGUACUAAAUAAGCUAUCUAAAAAGAACAUUUAACAAUCAAAAUACAUUUAACUGAAGAAAUUGUUAUUGCAUCUCACAGGAAAGCCAUAUAAUGUCAUGUUACACCACUUUGUCGUCCUUUGACGUUUUAAAAGAUUUUAAUAAAAAAAUAAUUUGUGUGAAUCUU